UGCCCCAUCAAGUUGAAAGGGUCUGUCUGGUCAUGGAGAUAACGGGCGCUUUCAGCUGGCCGCAUUGUUGUGGCCAUGCAAUUUCUAUUGCGGCCAUGUCGUCGUCCUGAACAUCUCUUCAUCAUGAUUCUUCUUGUAACUCUCGUUCAUUCUUGAUUCCAUUCCCUCCCGUCGGCAGCGUUGGCCAUACUUACGCUCUUUUUUUCUUUUUUUUUUUUUUUUGGUAGCUUCGGAACUACGGAGUAAACGCAAAUCUAGAUCUCGGACCCCCCUGAGCUGACAACAGUCCCUCUUCGCCUUGGGAACCGACCGACGACGGCCUACAACCGCGUCAACGUCAGCAUCCCUUCGGUCUCUGAACAACGAGAUCUGAUCCGAUCAAGUUCUGACUGCCCAGCUUAACCCAACGGUUUCAGUACCAGCGCUCCGUUCCGUCCGGCCCGCGUAACAUGUUACACCAUGUAUCACCCGCCGCUGUUUUAGCAGUGGCAGCCAUGAUCCUCCCGUCGAUCGUCUCCGCCGACGGCCCGCUAGCGUCUGACAAACGAGGUCUCUGCUUCACGCCCAACGACACGACCCGCGCUGACGACGCAGUCUGGCCCCCGGCUCUGUCGUGGUACUACAACUACAAACCUCUCCCCGAGCCCAAAUACAAGGACAUUCCCCAGUCCGAGUUCGAGUUUGUGCCCAUGCUAUGGGGUGCCCCGGAGACGAAGGGAGACACCUCGUUUGUCACGACCAUCCAAGACCUGAUCAAGAGCGGCGUCAACAUCACCAACGUCCUCGGCUUCAACGAACCGGAUGCCCCGUACUCGUGGGGAGGGAGUUAUUUGGAUCCUAUCACGGCGGCUCAGGUGUGGGUGGACAACAUCAAGCCGUUGAGUGAUGUGGGAAUCCGAGUGGGUUUGCCCGCCUGCACCGCCGGACAGGACGGCUUGCCCUGGCUCAGGACCUUUGUCCGCGAGUGCUCAAAGCUUGUCAGCACGGAAAACAAAAAGGAGAACUGCACGUUUGACUUUGUGACGAUUCAUUGGUAUGGGAGCUUUGAGGGGUUGGCCAGCCAUAUGGGCCAAUAUGCUGCUGAGUUCCCCAACAAGACCAUGUGGAUCACCGAGUACAAUUUCGCCCAUCAGAGUCUCGAGGAUACGCAGGCCUUCUACAAGAUUUCUGCCGAGUACUUUGAUCGUUUGGAUUUUGUUGAGCGGUAUUCCCUGUUCGGCGCCUUUAGGAGCGACGUCUCGAACGUGGGACCCAAUGCUGCCAUGUUGAGCAACGAUGGUAGACUGACGGAUAUUGGCGCUUGGUACCUGGGCAAGGAAUCCACCGGCGUCAAGCCUACUGAUGGUCAAUCUGUUAGUGCUGCUGUGCGUCAGACCGUGUCCAUAGUGAGUGCCUCGCUUAUCGGUGCUGCUGCUGGUGCGUGGGGGUUAUUUUGA